GCGGGCAGCCGUGGACGGAGCCGUAAUUUCAGAGCUCAGCGUUACAAACCCCUUCUGCUGAAGCAGGGCGAUGCAUGCAGUUCUUACAGGAUCUCGAGGCGGAUGAUUUACUGUUGAUUUUUAACGACAAAUUGCUAGCGCCUGACAGGUCUGCGGAGCGUGGUGGUGGCACUCCUACAACAGCCCUGUUGCAUACACAACGGUGAAAGGGUGUUUUUCUGUUCAGCGAGAAGAAGCAAUGAGAUACAAUCUUCUAGGAAAGCUGUUGUAUUGGUUAUAAUCCUAACGUUAACUUGCUUGAAGACAAAAUGCCUGAUUACAAGGUUCCUGCAAGAAAUCCCUCAGAGACACAAUGUACUACCACUUCUCAGAGGAUUUCUUCACGAAGUGCUUUUACCAGCAGCAAAAUGUCUGGGCAGCAACUGACAUCACAGAUGUCAGGAAAAGAAAAAGAUGGUCUUCUUUCAUCAUCUCGGAAUAGGACUGAGGAAGUAAAUAGCACCUAUGUGAUAUCAGCCUGUAAUAAUGCAAACGACGCAUCAGUUACAUUGAAGCCUCAGGACAGAUUAACACUCCAGAGGAGAACAAGAGUAAGCAAAAACUUGGUGUCCAGCAGUGAACAAUCAGAUAACAAAAUAAGACAGAGCAUAGAAAAUACACAAACAGGCAAAAGAUGUACUCUACAGAGGCGUGUGAGGACUGGCUCUGUGGAGAAGAGUAAAAUUAAUUGGAAUGCUGUGCCUGGAAUAGAAAAUAAUGACUUUGCAGAAAGAAAUUACAAGACUGCACUUCGACCAAAUAUUAAUAAUAAUGAUACUCGGCAUGGUAAUCCAAGCUGUAAAUUAGCUGAGGGUCAGUCAAAUACGAAGAUGCAUUUUAACCUGAACAGCAAGGACUUGUUUGGCAAUGUUGAAAAUGACAAACGCACACCUGUAAAACGUAAGACAAGCACUGCUGACUCAAAACUUCAAAAUGAAGCUCAUAUAUCAGAGCAAUUAGUUACCUCAAAGAACAUUAAUAGGAUAUCAGGAGAGCAACUGAAUGAAAAAGGUGAUGUAAAUAAGCUAGAGGAAAAACAAAGGUUACAACACUUAAUGAUAAAGCAUAACAGUUUAGAAAGGCCAAGGAUACCAACAAAAGGUUCAACAGAAGGAUUUAUGCUUACACCAAAGAACAGCACAUUUCAGGAUAAGUCAUCUCUGUCAGCUUUAAAUAAACGACCACUUCAUCCUCCGUUGGUGUCAAAAAAGAAAACCGGUGUUUCUAGUUGUCCUGUGAGUAUAAGUGCAAAAGAGAAAGUAGAAACGCUUACAGAGAACAACAGCACUGAGGAAGAUAUUUUCAAAGUAGAAAACAGCAAAGUGACUGUAGCUGUGCGUGUACGGCCUUUCAGUAACAGAGAGAAAAAUGAAAACUCACUUCCUGUAGUCUCCAUGAGUGGCUCGGAGACAGCUGUACGAAAUCCAAGCACAAACCAAGUUUACACCUUCAGUUAUGACUUCUCUUUCUGGUCUUUUGACAAGUGUCAUCCUAAUUUUGCAAGCCAAGCAAUGAUUUAUAAAACUUUGGCGCUGCCACUCCUAGAAAGAGCUUUUGAGGGCUAUAAUGCGUGUCUUUUUGCUUAUGGGCAAACUGGUACUGGAAAAUCAUACACGAUGAUGGGGUUUGAUGAAGACCGAGGGAUAAUUCCAAGACUCUGUGAAGAUCUUUUCAGUCAAAUGGACAAACAACAGGUCUUGUAUCACCUUGAAAUGAGCUAUUUUGAAGUUUACAAUGAGAAAAUUCAUGAUUUGCUUGUCUUCAAAGCUGAAAACAGACAGAAGAAACAACCACUCCGUGUAAGGGAACACCCGGUGUUAGGACCGUAUGUGGAGGACCUAACAGUGAAUGUUGUCAGUUCUUACUCUGAUAUCCAGAGUUGGCUUGAGCUAGGGAAUAAGCAGAGAGCAACAGCUGCUACGGUAAUGAAUGACAAGAGUUCUAGAUCUCAUUCUGUCUUCACCCUUGUCAUGACACAAACCAAGGUAGAAUCUGUGGAUGAACAGCAACGUGACCGUAGUCUUACCAGUCACAUAAAUCUAAUUGAUUUAGCAGGCAGCGAAUGCUGUUCUACGGCUCAGACCACUGGAGAAAGGCUGAAGGAGGGUGUGAGUAUUAAUAAAUCACUCUUAACCCUUGGAAAGGUUAUUUCUGCACUCUCAAAGCAGUCUCAAAAUGGAAAGAAAACUUUCAUUCCUUACCGGGAGUCUGUCCUUACUUGGUUAUUGAAGGAAAGUCUUGGUGGAAAUUCACAAACGGCUAUGAUUGCCACAAUAAGUCCAGCUGCCAGCAGCACAGAAGAAACUCUCAGCACUCUUCGCUAUGCAAAACAAGCUUGUUCAAUUAUCAACACUGCUAAAGUAAAUGAAGAUGUGAAUGCCAAGUUGAUCAGAGAAUUGAAAGCUGAAAUUGAAAAACUGAAGGCACAGAAAAGUGCUCAGAACACUGAUCCUGAAAAAUACAGGCGUUAUUUGCAGGAAAUAACAUCUCUGAGGAUGAAAUUGCAUCAACAGGAGAGGGACACAGCAGAAAUGCAAAGGGCCUGGAAAGAAAAACUUGAGCAAGCAGAAAAGAGGAAAUUAGAAGAUAUAAAGGAAUUGCAGAAAGCAGGAAUUGCAUUCAAAAUGGACAAUCACUUACCAAACCUUGUUAAUCUCAGUGAAGAUCCUCAGCUUUCUGAGGUGCUGUUGUAUAUGAUUAAAGAAGGAGAAACUACAGUUGGAAGGUAUACACCGAAUUCAAAACAUGAUAUCCAGCUUUCUGGAGUGCUAAUUGCUGAUGACCAUUGCGUUAUAAAAAAUAACCUUGGCCAAGUGAGUAUUAUUCCACGGAGAGAAGCAAAGACAUAUGUAAAUGGGAAAUGCAUUUUAGACCCGACAGUUCUGCAUCAUGGUGAUCGAGUGAUCCUUGGGGGAGACCAUUAUUUCAGGUUUAAUCAUCCAGUAGAGGUUCAGAAAGUUAAGAGACCAUCUUGUGGGACUACACUUUUGCAUGAUGGUCCUAAAGAUUUUGAAUUUGCAAAGAACGAGCUGCUUAUUGCACAGAAAACUCAGCUUGAAUCAGAAAUUGAAGAGGCACGACUCAAAGCCAAGGAAGAAAUGAUGCAAAGUGUCCAAAUAGCAAAAGAGAUGAUUCAGCAAGAACUGACAUCACAAAAAGAAGCUUAUGAAAGCAAAAUAAAAUCACUGGAAGCAGAGGUGAGAGAAGAAUCUCGUAAGAAGCAAAUGCAAGAACUGAAAAACCAAAAGGCUGCAACUAAAAUACAGGAGCUAGAGAAGGCAAAGCAAAAUCUUGAGCUAGAAUUACACUUCAACAAGAAGCGUUUGGAAGUGGAGACCUUAGCUACGAAGCAGGCUCUGGAAGAUCAUAGUAUUCAUCAUGCAAAGAUACUUCAGGCUCUGGAAGCUGAGAAACAGAAGAUUGCUGAAGAAAUACAAACCCUUCAGAAGAACCGUGGAAGUGGGAAUAAAACUAUGACUAUUCCUCUUAACUGGAAUUCUUUGAAGUUAUCUGUGAUGAUCAAAGAGGCCAACACCAUUAGUAAUGAACUAGGGAAAAACACUGUUUUCUGCAGGCACGACAAAGUUGAUGAUAAAACAGGAACAGUAUCUUCUAUUCAAGUGCAGGUUCGUAAUAUCAAACUGGGAAUAGCAACGUUCUGGAGCCUGGAGAAAUUUGAAUGCAAACUAGCAGCAAUGAAAGAACUCUAUGAGAGUAAUGAUAACAAUAAAGCUGCUGAUGUGUUUUAUGACCCUGCUGAUGAAUGGGAACCCGACCUUUCAGAUGCCUCAGUUUCCUCUCUUUCCAGGAGAAGAAGUAGAAGUUUAAUGAAGAACAAGAGAAUUUCUAGAUGUUUGUCUGGUAUAAAAUUGGAACCAACCCAUGAUACACAAACUUCCUAUAUUUCAGGUUCACAGAGUAAAUCCAGCAUAUGCCCAAACUUCUCUGAAUCACUUCUUCCUGGAAUUUGCAAAGAAUCUGUAAGUUCAGCUUUAGAUUUACUGGAACAGAAUCAUGAAGGGAGAAAGAGCAUAGCAGAUCAUCUCCUAAGGAAUUUGUUUACCAUUUUCUCUGGAGUUUCUGCCAUUUCAAAAGCCUAUGAACAGCAAGAUGAAGAAUGUCAAAAAAAUUUUUUCUCUACUGAUCCUGCUGCUCAGUCCUACAGCAUCAAAAUCACCUCUGUGUUUGGCCAGCUUGUGGUUCUAGUCAAGGUUUGGCUUAACCAUGUGCAAAAGAGCCCUAGCUCUGUGAAGACUGAUGAAGAAUUGAAACAGGAAGUAAAGAACCUGGGAGGUUAUUUACAGUUACUGUUGCAGGGAUGUUCUUCAGAUAUUUCCUCAAUGGUAACAGAAGCACAGAGCAAAGUGAACGAAGCAGUAAAACAAACAAUUAAAUGCAUAGGACACUUGGCAGUAUUCACAAGAACUGAUAUUUCCAUUUUUGAAGAGAACGACAUUCCUGCAACUAGUCUACAGGACUUCGUACUUGCUGUUUAUGAUGGAGUAGGUUUGGGGCUGGACUUUCUUACAGAAACAGUACAGGAAAAAGCAAGAACGGUGCAGGAAGAACUAUUGAAACAACAUCCACAAAAUGAGAUUCAAAAUCGAAUAAGGGAUGAUGCUGUGGCAUUAGCCAGGUUCCUUGAAAAUAACAUCUCUUCUUGCAGAAAGAAAGAAGUAGAAUCUCAAUUACCAGAAGAAGAUUAUGUGUAUAUGGAAAUCAAGAGAAGUACUAAGAUCGCUGUGAAAUACUUGGAAUUGGAGCAGUGCCUCGCUGAAGUCUAUCAGAUCGUUUCUUCUACAUUACAAGGGUCAUUCAGAAACACAAGCCCUCUCAGGAGCUUUGCAGGAGAGAUUUGUUUCAUAGCUGGAUGUUUGUACAAUUAUUUCAGUUCAUUUCCUUUGGCUUCUACUUCUACAAACAAUCCUAUCCAGAGAACACCCAUGCCAUUUAUGAACUUGGAUGAAUUGGACUCUCUGGUUGAUUCCCUUAUUGUGAAUUUUGAACUUGACCAAGGGCAGCAAAAUCUGAAAUCUCAGCCUCUGUGUAAUGAAACUGAGACCGAAGGAAGCCAAAGUGAAACAGGUGGAGAUGAAUUUCCUUUGAAACUGAAGGGGAUUCCAAAACACACAUAUAAACUCCAGUCACCACCUACGUUUCCAGAGGAGCUCUCACUUGGCAAGAUACAGUGGGUAUAAAAUACUAUCAAGAAUUCAGGGAAACUCUAUGAGGGGAAAGUAAUAUAUCACAAAAAAUAUCUUCAGUGGUUUUGUAGUCCAUUGAAAAAUCUUGGCCUGAAGUAACAGUGAUAAUGCGCUUCAACUCGUUCUAAAGUAAGUUCGUGAGGUGUGGUGUUGCUAGAGGUUAUCUUUGAUUGCUCAAAUCGCUUUCAGUAUUAAUUCACAGUGCAUUAGAAGCAUAGCUCUUCCUAAAUAAUAUGCGAGUUAUCCCAUGAUGCUGUGGAGAGUUGCACUGGUAAGCAAUCUACAAGUAAAACUAGAAUGUAUGUAUUAGAGAUGUAGGGCUGGAUGGGGUUCAAGUUCCACACUUUCAAGGUAAAAAAUGAGGUAAAGAUGUAUUAUAACCAAAUCUACAUGCAUCACUAAACAUCCUUCACAGGUAUUCUGUAAAUCUAGAUGACUCUAUACUCAGGAAUUAUAACAAAACUCCCAGUGAUAAAUGCAGACAAGAUUGAUUCAUGUCACUGAUGCUGAAAUUUAAGUUUGAGAGAAUGUUGUGCUCCACUGCUUCCGUGUCACCUGUUGGAUUAGCUUACCAUUCUGCCUCCAGAAGUUAACAUCGUGCUAUGGCCUAAGCUUAACUGUGCUGCUCUGAGCUAUUUACAAGACUAUUGCUGUAUGUUUAUGUUCCUCAUGUUCCUUUGUUGCUUGUACUGGGCUGUGAUUUGGUGAAAGGAUAGGGAGCAGAUCUUCCUCUUUGCCUUUUGUGGAUUGUUUCCUAUGCUUUUUGCUUUUAGAAUGACAGCAGCAUUACAAGUGGACCUUCAUUAGGCUGAAACGGUGACUUUGCCAGUCAACUACUUCCUUGUGCUUUUUACUGUAGACGUAGUUUAUCACAUACCUUUUAGUCUGUUGGCUGAAGCCAUUGAAAGCUAACUGCAAGGAUGAAAAUGUUUUAAGAAUAUUUAUUCCUUAAUACUGCGUACUAGGAGGCCUGGACCUCACACAUCUUGCUCAUAAUCAUGCUGAGAAAAUUGGGAGCUGACACUUAAAUGUUUUUUGUUUAUUUCAAAGCUUCUGAGCCAGGUAUUCAUAGAUACCAUCUUUUCUUCUGAGAGAAGAGGCAUAACAUCUUGAGAGAUUCAGUCUGUGAGAACAGUUCAGGCUCUUAAAACCAUUUUCUACAAAUGGACUACAUUGAAGAGAAUCAGUCAUCAUUUUUCUGUGAUAACUUUCAUAGUAGUAACCAAUGCUGUCAUUUGGUGGUUUUGUGCUUAUCUGCCGUGAUGGAAAUGUAGAAAGGUAAUUAUGCUGUUAUGGUAAUUAUCCAUAACUCAUAUAUCUUUUUCUGAAGAUUAGUGUACCUUAAUAUUUUGUCCAAAAAUGUCUUGCAGUGCGGUUCUACCAUGAAAAUUAAUUGACACUUUUUAUCUGCUGAUUUCUAUCUCACAUGAGGUGCAGUGUUGCUUAGUUGCUUUCUUUAGAGACCUUUACAGGUCUGUUCAGGGGUUAACAAAGUCUAUUCAGUUACUCAGAUUUUUAUGUUUAUAAGUGUGAAUACAAUCCUGAUAUAUUUAUACUUCUGUAAAUGUACAAUUUUGUAUUUGGCUGAAAGUUUUAAAAACAUUUGUGGUUCUUCUGAAUCAUGUAUCUAAGUGCAAGUAUUGUGAAACUGAAUCAUGUAACUGAUCGCCAGUUUCUACGGCUUCUGUAAAAACCUGUACAACAACACAUGUAAGUUCUUUGCCAGUUUUCUUCUGUUCACAGUUGCUUUUGAGACCUUCCUUUGCUGGUAGUAUUGCAAUGUAACAUUCUGAAAUACUAAUAAAAGAUAUUUUUCUAUAGCACUCAAGUGAAACCCGAAGAGUGACUACUUUAAGUUUCUCUGUUAAGACAUUUAACAGCACACGUUUAGAUGCUGAAUACUUGUGACUUAAUCUAUGCAUAUCAAGGUCAUAAUACUCCCUUCUUUUCCCAUUUGUUAAUAUUGUGGUGUUAUGCUAAGUUUCGGUUGCAAAGAUAUUAAAGUGUGUUACUUGCUGACAUUCCA